AUGACAGGCGUGUCCGAUCCACCACCUCUCUUUCUGCCAGUCAGUGAUGUUUGGACCGAAUUCACCCAUUACCUUAGAAAAGAUGGAGUUACAGGUCCGAGUGGGCGGCGCCAGAGAUUGGAUGAUCUGCCACCCAUGCGUUUGUCGGACCCGUACACCUUGCUCUCUGAAUUUAUCUUCCUUGACGUGCAAUCGGCGGCGGAUCUGGGCGGUUUUCCUGGCAACCCGCACGUGUUGGAAGAGAUUGGGGAGGCCUUCCGUGCCGGCCAAACCCCGGCGAAAUUCCUCUGGGAGCCUCGAGGCUUCUACGACUCCGUCCGUGGCGGCGGCUACGACGACGUGCCGGCAUACGCGACGGGCCGGUUUCGCAAGACGGAGAUGAUCAGCGCUCGCGAGCUGCUGGACCGGGCGCAGGCCGCAGGAAAGGAGAACACGCGCUACACACCGCACUGUGAGCCGACCUUCUCCCGUGCUGAGCUCGAGCAACGCCGGGACGAGGAGAACUGCUUCCGCUACACAGAGUUGGCCAUCCCUCGAGGGAUUCCGGUGACGAUCCUCGCAAGGCCCAUGAUCGCAGAGGCUGGGACCGGUGAAGGUGCUGAUUGCAACAUCCGACUGGUCUCGCCCCAGGGCGAUGAAGGUCCGCCUCAUGCUGACCUGAAGAACCUGAAGGAUCGGUUCCGCUUCCGCAUCCUGCGUGGCCAUCAGGUGGAGAACCUCCUCCGCCAUCGGGAGUUGAAUCCCACGGCAUAUUAUGGUUUGGCUUUGGUCGCGAUAGCUUUCAUCGGCUGGGCUGUGUCUGGAUAUCCUGGCCUUGGUGCGUGA